AUGGACUCAAAUAUGCUGGAUAGUCUUCUUGACAUUGAAGAGGACUUCUAUAAAGAGGGGUAUGACCUGGGAGUCGCCGAUGGCGCUCAUGCCGGCUAUACCGAAGGCAGCGUCUUCGCCGUGGAGAAGGGAUUCGAGAAGUUUAUAGAGCUGGGUCGUCUCUACGGGAAAUCACUCGUCUGGGCUCAACGACUUGCGGACUCUAAGACGAAAGCUGAGACAUCCGAGCAGUCACAGACUGCGCCAGUCAAGACCGACGCCUUGUCUCUGGACCCAUCGAUAAGCAAAGAAUUGCCCCAAUUGCCAGCACACAGCGCGCGACUCGCGAGAAAUCUGCAAACGCUCAUGGAACUGGUUGAUCCGGCCUCUUUGGAUAUGAGCAAUACCGAGGAAGCCGUGAAUGACGUGGAUGAACGGCUGAGAGGUGCGGCUGUCAAAGCGAAGCUGAUCCAACGAGCUAUGGGCGAAAGCGAAGACGGUGGGCAAAAGCCGGGAGAUGGCACUGGAAGCAUUGAAGAUAUCAGUGCAUUGAAUGUUCGUCACUGA